AUGCGCUUUGCGACGCACGGGCAUAUUGCGCUGCAAAUCAAGCCGGGGUCUCGUUACAACGCUGGAAAAGAAGCGGAAACCGGGCAAAAGAACGAAGGAAAUCCGGCAAACGGGGCCGAUGAGAGAAUUACCUGCACUACGCCCAACGAUUGUCUGGCGGUGGCCAGCAAUAUCUUACAAACGCUGGCGGAUGAUCGAUUUCUCCUGAAGCCGGAGGGACAGCCAAUUCCGAAAUUCGAUCCGGCCGAACUGCUGACGGUAUUCGGGCGCGCAACGGAGAUUGUCAACGAGCAACAAGGCGUCGUCCAUCUGACGGGACCCGUCUGGAUCAUAGGGGAUCUGAAUGGCGAUUUCGAUACUGCUUGGCGUAUCUUCAAGGCCUACUCAACCAUGGCAGAACCGGGCACGAAGAUGCUGUUCCUGGGCAACUUGGGCCGUGAUAACCAUGGUCUGCCGGUGGUCGUCCUCGUCGUAGCCGCAAUGCUUAUCCACCCGAAAAACGUCUUCUACCUUGCUGGAAGCUUUGAGGGACUUGGACCAUUUACCGAUUUGGAUGCUCCAGAUGUUUCGCUGCUCGAAAUUGUCGGAAUGCCGGAAGCAGAAUUGAAGGCAGCCAUCGUUGAUUUCUUCGCAGGCCUGCCCCUUAUUGCCACCAUCAACAAUCGUAUUCUUGCAAUGCACGGCGGCAUUUGCCGAUCGUUGACCGCACGGGUUCUAAAUAACGGCUUCGAUCCGCGAAACCCGGUCGAAGCGUGCUUCCGCCGCCGAACAAUCUUGAGUGCACCGAAUUGGUUGAUCAGCAAUUACAAGCCGAGGCCGAAGCAUCCUAAGUUGCCUGACCAUGGUCAUUUUUUCGGCGAGAAGGCGGUCGACGAGGCACGCAAGGAGCUGGGCAUUGAUUAUAUAAUCCGUACCGAGGAGCUGAAGACGGGCAUUCGAUUUUUCGGGGAUUGGGUCAUCUCUCUCGACUCAUCUUCUCAGCCGCGUCGAGAUUCGGCAGGUCCGAAGUCCAUGGCGACCGUGCUUCGAUACGACGGAAGCGCCAACUUCCGCAUGAUUACCCUGAUCCCCCCGCCAUGCUUCUACAAAUCGCAGAGCGAUUUUGCGAUGCAAUAUCUUCGCAACAUCGCCGGUGACAGGCCUUUCAUUGAGACUCGCACGCCGAAGACUGUGCGUUACUGGCCUCAGCCAAAGGACACCAAGCAGCCCGCU